AAGAUGGCUGUGAGACUCGCCGCCUUCCUCAAGAAUGCCUGGGCCAAGGAGCCGGUGCUGGUCGCGUCCUUCACUAUCGCGGGCCUUGCUAUAAUUCUGCCCAUCCUCAGCCCUUACACCAAGUACUCCAUCAUGAUCAACAAGGCGACACCCUACACCUACCCAGUGCCCCUCCGAGAUGACGGGAAUAUGUCCGAUGUGCCCAGCCACCCCCAGGACCCCCAGGGCCCAAGCCUGGAGUGGCUGAAGAAACUGUGAUCACCUCCGUUGACAGGGAGGAGAUCCCCUCCCCUGUGGCCCCCAAC